AUGGGUUUGAAAGAUAUCGGAUCCAGAUUGCCACCGGGGUUUCGGUUUCAUCCAAGCGAUGAAGAGUUGGUUUGUCACUAUCUUUGCAAAAAGAUAAGGGCCAAAUACGACCAAGGCGAUGUUGAGGAUGAUGACACUGAUGAAGCCUUGAAUGGUGCUACUGAUCUUGUGGAGAUUGACUUGCAUAUUUGUGAGCCGUGGCAGCUUCCUGAUGUGGCAAAGCUGAAUGCAAAAGAAUGGUAUUUCUUCAGUUUCCGCGAUAGAAAAUAUGCGACUGGAUAUCGUACAAAUAGAGCGACAAUAAGCGGAUACUGGAAAGCAACAGGUAAAGAUCGGACGGUGAUGGAUCCACGAACAAGCCAAUUGGUAGGGAUGAGGAAGACACUGGUCUUCUACAGAAACAGAGCACCAAAUGGGAUCAAAACUACUUGGAUCAUGCACGAGUUCCGUCUUGAGUGUCCUAACAUGCCACCUAAGGAAGACUGGGUUUUGUGCAGAGUGUUCAACAAAGGCAGAGACUCAACACUACGAGACAAUAACAUUGAACAUCAGACGCAAAGAUUUGAAGUUAAUGACGCUCCGGAUCUUAAUUACAAUAGUCAGUCGCAGCCUCUACUAUCAUCCCCUCCUUCCACCACCAUCGACCCUCCACACCAUCAUGAUCAGUGGGAGCAGCUAAUGAAGCAGCCUUCAAGGAGCACCGACCAUCCCUAUCAUCACAAUUGUCAACAUCAAACCGUAGCAUGUGGUUGGGAGCAGAUGAUGAUUGGUUCGAUGUCGUCAUCGUCAAGCCAUGGCCCUGAUCACGAGUCCUUGCUAAACUUGCUUUACGCCGACAACAACAACAGUGUCAACAUCACUGAUGAUAAUUAUGGACAUAACUAUGGGAAGAUAUUGCUGUCGUCAGACAUCACGAGUUUGGAUCAUGACAAGACGUGUAUGGCGUCAUCAUCCGAUGGUGGUAUGGUCUCUGAUCUUCACAUGGAAUGUGGUGGCUUGAGUUUCGAGACCGAGAAUCUCCUCGCUUUCCAGUGAAAACAUACUAUACGAAGGUUUUUACAUAUAUUCGCCGAUUUAUUGAUUCGUGAAAUAUGCAUAUAUAUUAUCUAUAGACUUGUCAAAUAUCUUAUAUGUAAGUUGUGUGGCUUUUGGGUAU